UACUGCUAAGGUUUAUGCGAACUGACAUAAAGAAACUACUUGAAUACAGAGAAGUGCUGUUCUUUACAAAUGUGAAGUAUUACAUGUUUUGUACGCAAAGCACGCUCAAAAAACAAAUUAUGGAUUAUUUGUUAUUGGGGAUCUCUCUCCUAUAUUUAGAAUUACUCCAGUCUUCCUUUUUUUCAAGAUGAGUUUGAGGAGAAUUAAUAUGAGACAUGUGCUUUCAACUUUCUAGAAGAAAACAUCACUGCGUUUCAGUAAAUCUAAGACACCGCUGUUUGGAAGACUAACAUUUAUUCUAUGUAUCACUAAAAGAGAGGGAAAAAGGAUGCUGCUAUUUACUUUAUGAAUCAUCGUCGGGUGUAAAACACAAUGCAGUUUCAAGAGAUGUUGAGUGAAAAAAGGUGCAUCCCGGAAUCGAUGAAAUAUGAACACAUGCGAAAACAGUCAGGAACUCUCCAUCAACCACAUGGCCCUUCCGACAAGAACAGGGACUCAAGGAUGGGAGUGGUGAGCAGCAAAAAGCAGGUGAAGGAGAAAGGUAAGGGCCUCUGGAGCCCUGUGAAGGUCAGCACCCAGAGCAAAGAUCCCCCACCACUGCCUCCCCUGGUCCUGUUUAACCACCUGGCUCCUUCACCUCCGGACAUGCACCCAGACCAAGAGGAGCAUUUCGUGGUGGCCCAGUAUGACUACACCUCAGUGAAUGACAGGGACCUGCAAAUGCUGAAGGGGGAGAAGCUACAGAUAUUAAAGGAAGUUGGAGACUGGUGGUUGGCCAGGUCUCUCAUCACAGGAAGAGAAGGCUACGUGCCCAGCAACUUUGUGGCCCGAGUAGAGACCCUGGAGGUGGAAAAGUGGUUCUUUAGAUCAAUUAGCCGGAAAGAUGCUGAGAGGCAGCUUCUGGCUCCAAUCAAUAAGGCGGGCUCCUUUCUUAUCAGAGAGAGUGAAACCAACAAAGGUGCCUUUUCUUUGACUGUGAAGGAUGUGACCACCCAGGGGGAGGUGAUCAAACACUACAAGAUCCGCUCCCUGGAUGAAGGGGGCUAUUACAUCUCCCCCCGCAUCACCUUCCCCACUCUCCAGGCUUUGGUGCAACAUUAUUCUCAGAAAGGGGAUGGCUUAUGCCAGAGGCUCACCCAACCCUGUGUCAGCCUGGCUUCCCAAGACCUGUGGGUCCAAGAUGAAUGGGAAAUCCCCCGGCAGUCUCUCAAGCUGGUCAGGAAACUCGGGUCUGGGCAAUUUGGCGAAGUCUGGAUGGGUUAUUACCAAAACACCGUGAAAGUGGCCAUCAAGACUCUAAAGGAGGGGACCAUGUCUCCGGAGGCCUUCCUGGGUGAGGCCAACCUGAUGAAAACUCUCCAGCAUGAGAGGCUUGUUCGUCUCUACGCCGUGGUCACCAAGGAACCCAUUUACAUCGUGACCGAGUACAUGGCCAGAGGAUGCUUACUGGAUUUCCUGAAGACAGAUGAAGGUAGCCGACUGUCCCUCCCGAGACUGAUCGACAUGUCAGCCCAGAUUGCUGAAGGAAUGGCGUAUAUCGAGCAAAUGAAUUCAAUCCACCGCGACCUGAGGGCGGCCAACAUCCUGGUGUCUGAGUCCCUGUGCUGCAAAAUCGCUGACUUUGGCCUGGCCCGCAUCAUUGACAGUGAAUACACUGUCCAAGAAGGUGCCAAGUUCCCCAUCAAGUGGACUGCCCCAGAGGCCAUCCAUUUCGGGGUGUUCACCAUCAAAGCAGACGUGUGGUCAUUUGGAAUCCUCCUGAUGGAAAUCGUCACUUACGGGCGUGUACCCUACCCAGGAAUGAGCAACCCCGAGGUCAUCCGCUGCCUGGAGCGCGGCUACCGCAUGCCGCGCCCCGACACGUGCCCGCCACAGCUGUACCACGGUGUCAUCACCGAGUGCUGGCGGAGCCGGCCGGAGGAGCGGCCCACCUUCGAGUUCCUGCAGUCGGUGCUCGAGGACUUCCACACGGCCACCGAAGGGCAGUACGAGCUCCAGCCCUAGGCCCGGCUCGAGGACACGGGUCUGGCCAGCGGCGGAAGGGCCCGGAGACGGCUCGGCCCCCCCCCCCCCCCCCCCCGGCCCAACCUGUAGAACUGACGAGGCGUGUUCACCUCGAGGCUCUUACCCCAGCCCCAGGCCGACUGGAAGGGCAGGGAGGAAAUGAUAGUCCCGUUUCUAGAUGAGAGAAGGAGAGAGGCAGCCACACAGGUGGGUCACGCAGCAUGGACUCCGGAGAUCCCAUCGCAGUCCCACCCUUCUUGGGCUGUGUGACCUUGGGCAAGUUAUUUAGCCUCUCUGUGCCUCCACUCUUUCAUUUGUACAGCGGGGGAGAACCAUAAUAGUACCUACCUCCUUAUGUUCCUCAAGAGGAUUACAUUAGUUAACCCCAGUAAGAUGUUCAGAAUAGCGCCUGGCACACCGUUAAGUGUUUGGCAUCGUUGUAAGACUCCCCUGUGCUGGCGCCCAAAGCGAGAAGUCCGCGGCAAGUGGCUAGGAAUCGCGCUGCUCCCACCUGUGCGGACCGCGCCCCGGCGCGGCUCCCUCUCUACUACCCCAGAAGCAGUACUGGGUCCCCCGAGAUGUCCGCUCCGAGAAGUGUCCACCUGCUUCGGCUCUGGGCAGGUAGCUCUGACCUAGACUGCACUCCAGCACUUUGGGACUCUUCUGUAAUAAAGUCACAAGAUCUGA